AUGAGCGCGUACGGGUCGCAAUCGUAUCCCGCGCCCGAGUCCUACCGCGACUCGGGCGAGGGAUGGGGCGAUCAUGCGACGUAUCCCCAGUCGUAUGACGAGCAUUCGGCGUACCCCCAGCCCUACGGCGAGGAGUAUGCCACCUACUCUCAGACACACGGCGAGGAGCAGGCGGCCAGUGCGUGGGCCAUCCAGAGUGACGACGAGGAGGACGAUGCGGAAAUCGACUCUGAUGAAGAUUGGGACGUCUACCGCGACUUUAACAAUAUGAGCCAGUCUCAGAAGCCAGAAGGAGUGGCCGUCGUGCCGGUCCCCCAGCGGGAUCAGGAUUCGCUCCCGUCGCGGCGUACAGCAACAAUCGGCGGCAUUCCGCCGCAUCAUACCCGGCGGUCUGGUCCGCAUCUCGUGUCGUUCCAGGACACGAGUGGCGCGUAUCCCGUGACGUUUAGCGACAAACAUGUGCACGAAAUGCAAGGCAGCACCGCCGACCUCUCGCGGGGCUACUCGUUUGCAAAUGACGACUCACGGCCAUUUGCACACGACCUGGGCGACUCGGCCUUGGAGCUUGCGCCCCUUGGCGAGGAGUUUACUUCUGAUGAGCACGAGCGAAUGACGCGCAAGAACCAGCGGCAGCGCUGGAAGUACAGCCAGCUUGGCGCUGUCGACUCCUGGCUCAAAGGAUACAAGCCAAUCUGUGGAUGGUUCGGACCGCGGGCGGCCGUUGCCAUCGGAUUUGCGUUUGUCGUGGUGCUGGGCAUUGCGCUCUACUUUGUUGUCCCCCGUGUGCCGAGUGUGAGCCUGAUUACGAACCAGCCCUUAAAGCCGCGCGACGGCGAGGGCGCGAUGAACAUCACCGGCUUCCCCACCGGCUUUGUGAUGAACGGCACGCUCUCUAUGCGCCUAGACAAUACCGAUGGAUGGAUUCCGUCGCACCUCAAGUCGCUGAACGCCGUCGUGAAGUAUAAGCCUGCCAAGACCAAGGUCGGCGAGGGCAAAAUUUCGGGCAACUGGAUUGCCGGCCGGAAAGUGAGCUCGCUCAGUGUGCCCAUCUAUUUCAACUACAAGAGCUUAAACAGCACCGGUGACGAGACGCAGCUGGCCUUCCAAGGCGCAUGCGCGCAUCCAUACCGCGGUGUCACCCGUACCAACCUCGACCUCACGGUGGAAAUCACCACCGACAUCCAGGCCGUGCCGGGCACGCAGAAGAGCACCAUGGAUCUGACUAGCUACGCGUGCCCUUGGGUCUUGCCGAAUUAA